ACCGCAGAAAAGAAAAUUCAUUCAAAAUUCCUAGCUAUUGCCGAGCCGCAGUCAAUGCAUGUUUUUGGUGUCAGAAAAUCACUACAGCAACCCAGAAAUGACACGAAAGGUCCCUGGGAAUAGCUAGCAAUCAUAUGGCAUAAAUAAUUUACCCAGGGUUUCCAAAUGCGAAUGAAAUUUUGGGUCGAAUUUCCUCGAUAGGUAUACGGCACACCUAAGCAAGUUGCUAUGUCGGAGGAAGCAAAAAACACUAAACCGGCAGCAAUGUCGAUGGAUUCUUUCCGUGCUAAGAAAGCAGGGACUUCUUCAACAAGUAGCCCAAAAUCAAGUCGACCCGGUCGUUCGUCUCUUGCAAGCUCUACCGAUUCGAUAACACAAACGUCAAAUGCAAGGCCAAGUAGUGCUUCAAAACAGUCGAAUUCACGCACCAGGUCUGCAUCAGUGGAGAAUUUAGAUAUGUCUCUGCAGCAACGACAGGAUAAGGUAAAGCAAAUGCGAGAGAAACAGGCGGAGGAGAGAAAACGUAAAAACGAGGAACGGCGGCUUGCAUUUGAGGAGAGAAAACGGCAGAAAGAGGCGGAGGAAAAGUUAAAAUGGGAAACUUUGAAGGAUCAAACUGCUAAACAGCGCCCAGGAACUGGGAGAAAGUUGCCAAUUGUCCCUACUUCUAGACCUUCCAGUGCACAAUCCAGGCCGACUGGACUGCCUAAGCCAUUAAAAGCAAGUGCAAAUCUAGGGGCAGGGCAAACUAGUGGGAGAACACCUAGUCCAGUGAAAAGUCCUGGACAUUCUAGUUCAAGUUUAUCGUCCGAGUCAAGUCCAAAGCAUUCACCAUCAGCAACGCCAUCUACAACAAGGAGUAAAGCAUCCUUAGGAAAGGCCACUUCAACUACUAAUUUGGAUUCAGCUUCACGUAGGUCUAGUUCAGGUAAUUUAUUAAGACCUACGUCAGCAUCAAACUCUAAAUCAAGGCCAUCCUCAUUAUAUAAUCAUUCCAGACCAUCUACUGCUAAAAGUUGUGACUCUUUGGCUCCUGGGACUAGAACUGUGAAAAAGGCACAAUCAACAAGUGCAUUGCACAACAUCGGACUGGAACGCUCUACUUUGCAUUCACCUAAAAAGCAUGCUAAAGAAGCACCCAAGCCUAAGGCUGGUAUGUUAGAUGAGGCCACUGCUAAGCAGGCUUUAGCAGAACGGCGUAAAAAGGCAAGAGAGGAGGCAGAGAGACAGGCUAAGUUAGAUAAAGAAAAAGCAGAAGAGGAGAGGAAAUGCAAAGAAGAAGAGGAAAAGAGGUUGGCUGAAGAAAUGAGAAAGGAAGAAGAAAGGCAAAGAGAACUAGCCGAGUUACUACGGCAACAGGAAGAGGAAAGAAUGCAGAAGGCCAUGGAAGAGAAGGAAAGACACGAUCGUGAGGAAGCGGAAAGGUUAGCUGAGGAACAAAGGAUGAAAGAGGAGGAACGCAAGGAGCGUGAAGAACAGGAAAGAAUAGCUCGCGAGGAAGCAGAGAAGAAAGCAAUUGAGGAUGAAGAAAGGCGUAAACAGGAGGAGAUCGAGCGCCAAGAGAGGCGAAGGCGUGUCGAACAGAUCAUGAGCCGUACGAGGCAUGGUCGGACAGGAUCUCCUGGUAGUGAGGCAGAGCCCUUGACUAGUCCAACACAGGAAUUAAAUGACAUGGAUGUAGAAAGCACCAAACGUAAAGUGAGUGAGAUUCUACAGAAAGUCCGGUCAAGCAGUCCCCAUCAAGAAUUGUCGAAACCAGAGUCUGCAACUCCCACUUCAUCCGUAGAUGGCGACUCUAACCACGAAGACGAUGAAGAAGUGGCCCCCUCCCCUGGCCUUAUGCGGCCUAUUGAUAGUGCUGAGAACAUCUUAAAGACAAUAGGAGUUCAAAGCGAGAGCACAAAGCCAAAAGCUGAAACAGACACUUGUUCUGAUGACACUGUUGUCAAAGUUAGAGUGAAAAUUUCAGAGACUAAGACCCAAGUCCACGUGAAUGGAAAAGAAGUGCAACAGAAUCUUAGUGAAAAGAAUGGACAUGGUAUAGAGAUGGACAAAGAGAACGAUAAAGUAGAUGUUCAGUCUAUUGAAGUGGAUAGUGAGCAUGUAGUGGACGCCCCAUCGAUAGUGGUUGAUAGUGUGGAUGGAAACAAUUCUUAUUCGGACAGCACUUCUGUUAUUGGUGUCGAACAGAGGGAGAUCACAGAUGUGAGGCUGCAUAACCAAGGUGACUGCACUCGGUGUGACAGCAGUGACGAGGAGUGCCAGCAAUGGAGAAAGACUGAAUCUCUGAUGGGUAAUAAGGAAAAAGAGACUAGUGAGCGCCUGGAGAAUGCUGGAAUAGUUGCUGAGGGUGUAGAUGACGAGGAAGAGGAACAAUUGUGGAGGGUAGUUGAGGGUGGCUUUAGGCUCUCAGAUGUUGCAUAAGGCAAGUUCUACCUAGGAUUUGAUUUACCUUUGAAGCAAUGAACAUUGCUCCUGCAAUUUCGAGUAUGCUGUGAACACUCGUAGACAAACCCCAGCCUGUUUAUUGCUUUUUGGCUUUCUUUCAAAUGAAAUUGCAUUUUAAGCUCUUUGCUGGGCUAAUAGAUUAAUGCUUGAAGUAAGAUGGUGUGACUGGAAACAAUCUUAGAGUUGCCUUAAAUAACAAAAAUGAAGUUUUGUAAAGGAAUCCCGGCAGCCUGUGUUCACUGAAUGCUCAAAAUCAUUGUAGUUCUUGCUGAUAUUUUUAGUUUACACAGUGGGUACAACUUCAAAACAACACAGUACAACAUCAGCCUUUGUCAGUAAAAAUCUGUUUGUGGCAUUUUGAACAAGAUAAAGAAUAAAAAAGGGAGCUUGUUGGUUCAAAAAGGAUUUUAAAGCCGCAUCUUCACCAGUUUACUUCCGGUUGAGUAUGUAACAAUCUCCGAUGAUCAAAAUAAAGGCAGUGGCAGUGUGUCUAUUGGGAGUUUCUUCAAGGAUGUGACUGGUGUCUGUUUAAUAGCGCGGAUUCUAAUAUUCUUUUGUAUUUUGUCAGUUGAGGUUUCGGGCCUCUGGAAGUAAACUGGUGAAAAUGCGGCUGUAAGGGUCAAGUUUAAACAGGGAAGAAACCAUUUUGAAAUAAUGCAUAGAUGACAGUGCUUAAGUGCCAUUUCAAAACCAAAAGGCUGGCUUAACCGCGCGGUACUGGAACUAGUCUUGCGUUUUUCAGCACUGGCUGCAUAGAUAUGACCUUUGGUCAGUCAGACAAGUACACUUUUUCGUCUCAGGUCAGAUCAGGUGGUCACAUUUCUGGAUACAAAUGUGUAGGUGCUCCUUUAAAAAGCCAAAAUCUGAAAUAUUGUCUUUUCAAAAUUGCUGGUACAAAUACUGUCAGCUUUUCUGAUCACACUAUUAAACUAAAACUGUCAAACCUCAGUGAAAUUGUCAUCUUUUUUUCAAUGGAACUUUGAAACUUAAGAAAAAUUUGUAUUUAAACUAGGUACAUAACAUAACAACUCGAUAUUUAAUUGAUCAGAUUUUCUGACCACCCAUAUUUGUUGAAAUUGCUUCUAGGGAUUAAAACUAUUAAAUGGAGGUUUCCUCAUGCAGCUGGUUUAGUUUUGUUCCAUUGUUGACUAAUAGGUUAUGUAGGUAUACAUGUUUAAAUUGUGAGAAUAUAGUCUUGAAAAAAGAUUUUACUCUAGGGGAGACCUGUAGAAGGCCUUAAAACUGGAGGGGAGCAGAAACAUUAAGAAAAAAAGAAUAGGGAGUACAUGUCCCCAGUGUCUCUGUGCUACAGAGAGUGUAAUGAGCUAAAAAUAACACAAACCAAAUUAAAUUUGCCAGUUUUUUUCUGAUAGUUUCAUUAUGCUAUUGCAGUGUAAGGAACCUAUGGACUUGUUUUAAUAUAUUUGCAUGCUUUUGUGGGUUCAACCAGACAUACAAGUAUCUGAAUUAAUUAUUAUUAAAUUAAGUUUGUUCUACACGUUCUAAAUUGGCAAUGAAAGAGAAUGACAAAUUAUACCAGCACCAGGCGUAUAUUGGGCAGAUUAUAAGCACAAACUUUUAGGUUGUCGAAAGACAAUGAAACCAGUCUUUGAUGAAAUGCAACUGAGAAACGUAUUCUCACAUUCCCCUACUCAAUUCAUUGGCUUGUUUUUGUCCUCUAUAUUGCCGUUCUAAUAAAACUUGUAUAGUUGAUUGGUAGAGGGCAUCAAAAGUAUGCAAAUAAAUACUUUCUGUAGUUUUAGUACUCCUGAUGUAAAAUUGGAACAAAUCAGGUACAGAAAGACAACAGAAACAUGUCUCACUUGCGGUACAAAAGUGUGACAUUUAGGGCACUCUUUGAGCUCACAGUACAGAGCAGGCCUGGUGAAUUCCUUCACCCUCUGGUGGAAACUAGUACCUUAGCAUACCUAUCUGUGGUAUCUGUUGAUGACAAUGGUGUGUAGAUUUCAGGGGCCGGUUGCACAAAGCUUGGAUAAACCUUAUCCACCGGUUAAAUCCUUCUCCAGCGGAUAAAACGUAUCCGAGUGGCGUGAUUCGGUUGCACAACGCCCGAAUUAAAGUUAUUCAGCGAUUAAAGUUAUCCGGAUGAUAGAGUUCGGAUAAAAUCUUAUCCACCAAAUAAAUGUGAAGGAAAAACAAAAA